GCUCCCGCGUUUCCAUGGAGAGCCCCGGGGUGGGCGCUGCCAAGAGCCGCACGGACUCGCCGCUUGCUCCCGGUCCAUGGGAGUGGAACAAAGGCGAUGCACCGAGCCGGGCUUGCCGUCGCCCCCCGCCUCUCCCGGGACAUGGAGCCCCUCCAGGUGGCACUCGGCGAUGUCACUGUCCGUGCGCCCGCAGCGCCGCGCCCUGGCGGGCAGGAUCAGUAGGAGCCAGUCCUUCGCCGGAGUCAACUGCGCGCCCGAGCGGCCCCUCAGGAACCUGUCACCCUUCACCCCCACCGUGUCCCGCAAGGCUGGCUCCAGGGUCAGUAGGAUGUUCUCCAUGUCCCACAAGUCUCCCCCACCCAAGGUGCCUCAGCCCAACCGCCUGGACGAGGUCUAUGAAGCUCUCAAGAAGGGCCUGACAGCCUACCUGGAGGUGCACCAGCUGGAGCUGGAGAAGCUCAGCACCCAGAUCCGUGAAUCCAAGCGGAACUCGCGCCUGGGCUUUCUCUACGACCUGGACAAGCAAGUGAAGGCCAUCGAGCGCUUCCUGCGGCGCCUGGAGUUCCACGCCAGCAAGAUCGAUGAGCUCUACGAGGCCUACUGCAUCCAGCGGCGGCUGCGCGACGGUGCCCACAACAUGGUGAGGGCCUACAGCAGUGGCUCUCCGGGCAGCCGCGAGGCCCGCGACAGCCUGGCAGAGGCCAGCCGAGGCUACAAGGAGUACACGGAGAACAUGUGCCUGCUGGAGAGUGAGCUGGAGAGCCAGCUGGGCGAGUUCCAUGUGCGCAUGAAAGGACUGGCAGGCUUUGCCCGGCUUUGUGCUGGUGACCAGUAUGAGAUCUUCAUGAAGUACGGGCGGCAGCGGUGGAAGCUGCGCGGCCGCAUCGAGGUGAACAGCAGGCAGGUGUGGGACAGCGAGGAGAUGGUUUUCCUGCCCCUCGUCACCGAGUUCCUCUCCAUCAAGGUGACGGAGCUGAAGAGCUUGGCCAACCACGUGGUGGUAGGCAACGUGUCCUGUGAGACCAAGGACCUCUUUGCAGCUCUGCCCCAGGUUGUGGCUGUGGACAUCAAUGACUUGGGCACCCUCAAACUCAGCCUGGAGGUGACCUGGAACCCCUUCGACAAGGACGAUCAGCCGUCAGCCGCCAGCUCUGUCAACAAGGCCUGCACGGUGAGCAAGAGGUUCUCCAGCUACAACCAGAGCCCCCCGGACACGCCCUCACUGCGCGAGCAGGCCUUCUACAACAUGCUGCGGCGCCAGGAGGAGCUGGAGAAUGGCACAGCCUGGUCUAUCUCCUCCGAGUCCUCCGACGACUCCUCCAGCCCGCAGCUGCCGGGCAGUGCCCGCCACACCACACACAAGCCCAUCGUGCAGCCCGAGCUGCAGGCCUCUGCCCCUGCUAUCGAGAUCUCCUUCUCUCAGCAGCCGGAGGAGCCCAGCCCUGCGGCUGGCAGCAGUGCCGUGCCCCUGCCCGGGGGCCAGCCUGAGGAGCUGGACCCCCACAAGGAGGCGGUGGCCAACGGGCACCUGCCCUACUGCCGGACUCUGAGCCACAUCAGCGAGGCCAGUGUGGAUGCCACGAUGGAGGCCAAGGCUGUGGAGGGCCCCUGGGAGGCUGCACCCAGCCCGCAGGACAUGGGGGUGGGUGAGCAGGACAUGGACACCCUCCCGGCAGGGCAUGACAGCGGGGCCGUGGCCAAGCCUCAUAAGCCUCAUGCCGCCGCGGCAUGGGCAGUGGAGGAGGCAGAGGUGGCUGAGCCAGUGCAGAGCGAGGCACCAGCACUGGCACGAGCCUCCACGGAAGAGAGGCCCAUCCUUGCCCUACCAUUGCCUGCCAGUGCCCCCGAGGUGCCACGGGCAAAGGUGGUGGACUCAGGUCUGGAGGAGGCCAUUGGCCUCCUGGGCUCAGCCCUGGAUGACUAUCGGGGGCAGUUCCCAGAACUGCAGCCCCUGGAACGGGAGCUCAAGCGCCUAGAAGAGAUGCUGCUGGUGAGUGGCUCCUGGCAGUGCCCACAGCAGAAGCAGGGCAUCUUCCUCAGCCGGGCAUCCAGCAUCAGCCUCACCGUGGAGCACGCCCUGGAGAGCUUCAGCUUCCUCAACACCUCCGACGUGGAGGACUCGGAGGGCUCCGAGGAAGAGCCUCUCCAAGAUGAGAGGAGGGCUGGCAGGCCCCGGCGUGGCAGCAGAGCCCCCAGUGCUGGUGAGCCCAGGGUGGAUGAUGCCGGCGUGGGCAGCGGCUCUGAGGCCAGCACCGAGCCCAUGAGCACUGGCAGCGAGUUCCUGGACAAGGCUCUGGUGCUUCACCUCCACAGCUGCAACUGCCUGCUGCUGAAGCUGGGCACCUUCGGUCCGCUGCGGUGCCAGGAGAUGUAUGCCCUGGACAGGCUGCUGCGGGAGGCGCAGGUGCUGGAAGUGGUGUGCCAGCUGGUGGCCGAGCGUGCUGGAGCUGCCAGCUCUGCUGCCGAUGUGGUGCAGUUCUCGACGCACAAGGAAGGGGUCCUGGCGCUGUGGGAGCGCUGCGUGGAGCUGCCCAACCUCUACACCUGCCCUGUGGAGCGCUUCCUGCAGGUGCUCAGUGCCCAGUAUGCGACACCCAUCAGCGAGCGCCACCCUGGCCUGGCCGAUGCUGUAUGCAUGAAGCUGGUGGAGGACAUCCUGAACCGGCGGCUGCCACGCCGGCCUGGCAGUGCCCAGGGCGAGCAGGUCACCAUCUUCCAGUACUGGAGCCACUUCGAGUCGCUCGGUGCCCUGGCGCUGGACACCUACAUGAUGGAGCUGGCAGAGGAAGCGCUGCUGGCACAGAACCUCAACUCGGACGAGCAGGAUGUGGUGCUGCGUGCCCUGAAGCGUGUGCCCGAGGGCCGCCUGAAGAAGGAGGGGCUGAAGGCCCUCAGCCUGCUCCUGGUGGAGGGCAACAGCAAGGUGGUGAGCGCUGUCUCUGCCCAGCUGCGCAGCCUGGCAGAGAGCCCUCGCUUCCGCCAGCGGGCUCUCGUGUGUUACCUGGAGCAGCUGGAGGACGAGGAGGUACAGAUGCGGGUGGCAGGGUGUGCAGCGCUGGGCUGCCUGAAGGCCAAGGAGAGCAUCGAGCAGCUGGUUUAUCUGUGCCAAACCGACAAGGAGCCCGUGCGGGAGGCGGCCAAGCAGAGCCUGAUGCUGUGUGGGGAGGACGGAAAAUCAGCUCACCGGCGGCUGGAGGAGACCCUGGACAGCCUCCCGCGCAUCUUCGCCCCAGCCGGCAUGGCCAGCACAGCUUUCUGAGACCACCGCGCCAGAGCCACCUGCCAGCCUGGAGGGCACGGGCAGCGCCGGGCCAGACGGCAGCCCUGCAGCACUCCCCGGCUCCGGCCGCACGCUCACUGCCUUACGAGCACCGCCGCGGGCCCCCGCCCCAGCAGCCGCCCCCCGCACGCUCCUGGCCGAGGAGGGCACCCCGCCGCGCCCCCACGCCCCCUACUGCUAUCUAACCCCCCCGGGGGAGCCCACCCUUCCUGCCCGCCCCGGCGGAGAGCCCUGGCACAGCUCUCCUGGCAGGACCUGCUCUUUGGGAACCACCACCUGGGAGCCACCGCCACGGCUGCCAUCCAGGAGCUGCCUGGGGACAGCUGCCCUGUGCCACCUGGAGUGCCCAGGACCGAACCGGGAGGAGAGAUGAGAUGUUAAUAUAUUCUGCUGGGCUGCUCCUGUCCCCUCCCCGCCUGCGGGGAGCACCACACGAUGCAGGCCCCCGCAGCUGCAGAGCCUGGCUGGGCCUGGAAGGAUGAGAAGGGGGCAGGAGGAAGGAGACAGGGACAGAGGCAGAGAAGCUGAUUUGUGUUGCAUCCUGGGGUUUUAUUUACAGACCUUUUUGCAGAGAAGCAAAAGCAAACCCAAGUCCUUUUCUACCCUGUCUGGACCUCUGCCUGGUGUCAGUGCAGAGCGAGCUGCUUCUGAUCUUCCACCAGAAAUAAAAGCCAGCCUUUAUGGAGA